AGCUCUUUUAUUGAUAACUGUCAGUGAUUAUUGGCAUCAAGCGUCUCCCAAAAAUACAUAUAUAUAUCGAUAUAUAAAUACGUGCAGCGACGCCUUCGGCAGCGCUCAUAGUGCCACGUACAAGCUUACGCCUUCGGAAUCCAGGACACGAACUCCUGAAAUGCAAGGUCCAAUGGAGACUAAAAACGAGCUUGAAGUUGCUAAUGCCGUCGAAGGUAGUGAAGGCAACCGCUUUCAGCUUAAAAAGUGGAAUGCGGUAGCGCUGUGGUCAUGGGAUAUCCAAGUAGAUACGUGCGCCAUUUGCAGAAAUCAUAUCAUGGAUCUGUGCAUUGAGUGCCAAUCCAACCCUGCCUGCUCACCGAAAGAUUGCACUGUAGCCUGGGGAGCGUGCAACCAUGCCUUCCAUAUGCACUGCAUUUCUCGUUGGCUAAAAACGAGAAACGUGUGCCCUCUAGACAAUAAAGAAUGGGUUUAUUUGCGGUACGGUGCGUAA